CCGGGCCGUCUGGAGCGGGACGCGCCGUACGCGGGGCGCAUGGACCAGGAUGGGCAGUACCACAGCUGCUUGGAGCGGGAUCUCCAGUACCAGCCCCACUUGGACCUGAGCCGCCUGGAGCGCGAGGGGCAAUAUUCCACCCGUAUCGACCCCGACGGGCAAUACUCGAGCCGCAUGGAGCGGGAUGGGCAGUACCAGAGCCACGUGGAGCGGGAGCUGCAGUACCGAGGCCGGGACGGGCAUUACCCGCCCUGUCUGGACCGGGAAGGGCCCUAUCCUGCGCCGUGCCCCCGGGAUCGCUGCGGCGCUUCCCAUCAUCACCAUCACCAUCACCACGGCCGCGACUGGGACCGGGAUUGGCCGCGGGUGCCCUUGAGCCGCAGCUCCAGCCCCGGGGGGGGCGGGCACAGCACCAGCGCCAGCACCAGCCCAGCCACCACACUGCAGCGCAAGUCGGACCGGGACAGCUCGAGGACAGUGAGCGUGGACGGCGAGGCUCCGGGCAGCGAAGGGGGGGGGCCGGUCCCCGACAGCCCCGGGCGCCCCCCCCCGUACCGGGGCCUCCCCCAAGCGGCUCCCCCCGGUGCAGGGGGGUCCGGGGGGGGGCCCGGGGGGGGCUCCCCGGGGCUGGGCUGGGCCCGGCUCCCCCCGCAGCCGGCGAGCGUGGCCCUGCGCAAGCAGCAGGAGGAGGAGGAGAGCAAGAGGCCGAAGGCUCUGAGCGACAGCUACGAGCUCUCCACUGACCUGGAGGACAAGAAGGUGGAGAUGCUGGAGCGCAAGUACGGGGGUUACUUCCGCACCCGCCGCGCCGCCCGCACCAUCCAGGCCGCCUUCCGCCGGUACCGCAUGGCCCAGAAGUUCGAGCGGCUGCGGAGCGAGGGGGGGCGGGCUCGGCGCUUGGCCCUGCCCGGCCUCCGCCUCCAGUUCUCCUUCGAGGAGUACGACCGGGGCCCCCCCCCGCCGGCCCCGGGGCCCCCCCCGCCGCCCCCCCCGUACUUCCAAGGCAAACCCGCCUCGCUGGACGAGGGGGUGCUGGGGGGGCCCCGCAGGGCGCCGCGCUAUGGGGGGUCCUGUAGGGCUGGCUUGGAUGGAGGAGGGGGGGGGCGGGGGUGGGGGGGAGCUGGGGACGUGGGGGCGGGGAUUGGAGGAGGGGGACCCGGGAGCCCCCCCCGGCAGCUCUCGGCUUCGGCGGAUUUCGGGCCCGGAGGGGCUGACCUGGAGGAGGCGUUCGCGCAGCAGGUGAAAUCUUUGGCCGCCUCCAUUGACGAGGCCCUGGGGGGGGGCCGCGGGGUCCCCCCCGGCGGCCCCGCCCCCCCCGCGGGGGACAGCGCCGCCACCUCCACCAGUGACGUCACCCUGUACCUGGACGAGGGGCUCCCCGGCUCCCCCCACUCCCCGGAGCGCCCCCCCAGCCCCGAGCCCCCCACUUCGGACACGGGGGGGCCCCAGCCCCCCCCUGCGCCCCCCCCUCCUCUGCCCCCCCCCCCGCCCCCCAACAACCCCACCAACCCCCCCCCCGGCCCUGCCGAGCGCUGGGGGGGAGGGGCCGAGGACCCCCCCCCCCGCCGUGGCCCCCCCUGCUUGGAAUGCCGGGGCCGCGGGGGGGUGGCGGGGGGGGGGCACCCCCCUUUGCUCACGGUUGAGCCCCCCAGCGACAGCUCCGCCGACCUCAGCGACCGCUCCGACCGCGGCUCCGUCAACCGGGGGGCCCCCCCGCAGCCCCCCCAGCCCCCCGGCAAGGCCACGUACCAACGGGAGCCGCGGCAGAGCUGGGACUCGCCGGCGCUCAACAACGACGUGGUCCAGCGGCGCCAGUACCGCAUCGGCCUCAACCUCUUCAACAAGAAACCAGAGAAGGGGAUCCAGUACCUGAUCGAGAGGGGCUUCCUCUCGGACACGCCGGUGGGGGUGGCCCACUUCAUCCUGGAGAGGAAGGGGCUGAGCCGGCAAAUGAUCGGCGAGUUCCUCGGCAACCGGCAGAAGCAGUUCAACCGCGACGUCCUCGACUGCGUGGUAGACGAGAUGGACUUCUCGGGCAUGGAGCUGGAUGAGGCCCUGCGCAAGUUCCAGUCCCACAUCCGCGUGCAGGGGGAGGCCCAGAAGGUCGAGCGCUUGAUCGAGGCCUUCAGCCAGCGCUACUGCGUGUGCAACGCGGCCCUGCUGCGCCAGUUCCGCAACCCGGACACCAUCUUCAUCCUGGCCUUCGCCAUCAUCCUCCUCAACACGGACAUGUACAGCCCCAGCGUGAAGGCCGAGCGCAAGAUGAAGCUGGAGGACUUCAUCAAGAACCUCCGAGGGGUGGACAACGGGGAGGACAUCCCCCGGGACAUGCUGGUGGGCAUCUACCAGCGCAUCCAGAGCCGGGAGCUGCGCACCAACGACGACCACGUGUCCCAGGUCCAGGCCGUCGAGCGCAUGAUCGUCGGCAAGAAGCCGGUGCUGUCCCUGCCCCACCGGCGCCUGGUUUGCUGCUGCCAACUCUAUGAGGUGCCCGACCCCAACCGGCCCCAGCGCCUGGGGCUGCACCAGCGCGAGGUCUUCCUCUUCAAUGACCUUCUGGUGGUGACGAAGAUCUUCCAGAAGAAGAAGAUCCUGGUGACCUACAGCUUCCGCCAGAGCUUCCCGCUGGUGGAGAUGCACAUGCAGCUCUUCCAGAACGCCUGUGAGCCCCAUAGCGCCCCACGGCACCCUAGAGCACCCCACGGCACCCUAUAGCACCCUGUAGCACCCUAUAGCACCCUAUGGCACCCUAUG